AGACACACUUCCCCUCAGGAUGAACCAGAGGAGCUGCACAAACAACUUCACAAACAUAUUCACUGAGCUUGUAUGAUCUUUCUACAUUUUUAGAAAAACAUAUCAUGAUUAUUUUGGUAAUCACCAGUCUGCUGCAGGAGUUUUUUGCCGUUGCACGUGGAGCCUUGGACCCGUGCUCUGCCUACAUCAGCCUGAACGAACCCUGGAGGAACACAGACUACCACGUCAACCAGUCAUCUGGCGUACCCCUGUGUGACAGCCACAUGUCUGGGGAAUGGUACCGCUUCACCGGCAUGGCCGGGGAUGCCAUGCCCACCUUCUGCGUCUCUGAAAAUCACUGUGGCACCCACGCUCCUCUCUGGCUCAACGGCAGCCACCCUCAUUCCCACGAAGGCAUUGUCAGCCUGCCUGUGUGCGCCAGCUUCAAUGACAACUGCUGCCAGUGGAACGCCAGUGUUGAUGUGAAGGCCUGCACUGGGGGAUACUUUGUCUACCGUCUGCCGAGACCCUCAGUCUGCUUCCAUGUUUACUGUGGCCAUUUCUAUGAUAUCUGUGAUGAGGUGGACUGUGCGGCUCCCAGAUGUCCUGAGUCUGACUGCCGCUGUGCCCCUGGGACCGUGCUGGGACCAGACAGACAAACAUGCCUGGAUGUGAACGAGUGUGAGAAGGGCAAUGGUGGCUGCGCAGAGGUGUGUGUGAACACCAAAGGCUCCAGGCGCUGUGAGUGUGGGCCAGGCCGUGUGCUGGGCGAGGAUGGAUGCCGCUGCAGAGAGAUAGCAGGCUGUCACGUUAACAAUGGAGGCUGCAGCCAUGGCUGCUCGUCGCUGCUGGACUCCUAUCAGUGCCACUGCCCCAGAGGACUGGAGCUGGGGGAGGAUACACGCACGUGUCAGGUGCCAGUCCAGUGUGAUCCCAGCUCUAUUACAGUGUCAGUCCCCAAGGACCUUGUAGGAGGACUGGAGCUCUUCCUGUCUAACUCGUCUUGUCGUGGUGUCUCCAACGGCACACACAUCAAUCUCAGCUUCAGCCUCAAGACCUGUGGCACUGUGGUGGAGGUGACAGAUGACAAGAUUGUGGGAACCAACCUGGUGACAGGCCUUCCCCGGAGCAGCCCAGGUAGCAGCAGAGACUUAAUAGUCCGCACCAGCAAGUUAGUGCUCCCUGUGACCUGUGAGUUCCCCAGGGAAUACCACGUGUCGGACGGAUACCAGGCAAGCCUGCGCAGCUCAGCCCUGAAGCUGGCCGGCCACAGUGAGGGCAUCUUCCCCUUCUCCCUGGAGCUCUUCAAGAACGCAGAGUUCUCCGAGUCCUACCGCACCCCUCCCCAGCUGCGCCUGCAUGACUCCCUGUUCUUCGGCGUGGAGCCCAAGGAGAGAGUGGAGGGCCUCUCCGCACUGGUGGAGAGCUGCUUCGCCACCCCGGGCCCCAAAGCGGACCAGGCUCUCAAGUAUUACCUCAUCAAAGACGGGUGCAUCUCCGAUGAAGCAGUGACACAGUACUCGUCGAAGGACCAGCUCUCUAAGCACUACCAGGUCCCCGUCUUCAAGUUCAUCGGCAAGGACAACCAACAAGUUUUCCUCCACUGCCAGGUGUUAGUAUGCGGCGCAGGAGACUCCCGCUGUGCUCAGCGCUGUCGAGGACGAGUCCGACGGGAGCUGCGGGCCAGUGACCCUCAGGAGCAGCACACACUGACUGGAGGCCCCAUCUUCAUCCUGCCUUAGUCAUGAUGAUGAUCAUACAGAUUGACGUUUAUAUUUCAGUUUAUUUGGUAUUUCAAAAGUAGGUAUAUACUGCACACACACACACACACACACACACACACACACACACACACACACACACACACACACACACACACACACACACACACACACACACACACACACACACACACAGAGAAUAUGCCAUUGUGCUGAUGUCUCUUCUAAAGUCCCACAUACACACAAAUACAUGUAGAUGCAUAGUAUACACCCUUUUCUUUUUUUCUCCAGUUCCAGUGUCACUCACUUCGCUGUAGAUCAAUCAAAUUCUGGUUAAUGCGUCCACGUUUGUGCGUCUUAGCCACUUUGCCGGCAGCACAAUUUACUGACAUUAGAGUGAAUGGCAUUUCCAUUCGAAAUCAUUCGGAGGGGCCCACAGUUCAUUUGUAACAACUGCAGCGUGAAGGAUGUUUUUCUGGAUCACACUUUUAGGCAUUUCUCAGGCUUGAUUACGCCUUAUAGAUUAAGUGGAUUCAUGGAAGUGGUUUAUAUUUCAUUCCAUCACUGACUUGAAAAAUACAUGUGAAACACCCACCCACACUGACAAAUUUUUCUCAGAUAACUAAUGGCUGGGGGAGAAUGUCACACAUUACAGUGUGGUGGAAAAGAGAUAUCAGCGUGCCGUGCCUGUCAAUUAAGCACAUCACUGCUUCAUCUCUCUGACAGUUAAUCUAGAAUUAAUCAUGUCAGUUAUGCUGCAAUUAGUCAUGAAUCUACUCAUACAUAAUAACAAAUAACUUACAUUAAACAUUAACACAGUAGCUGUAAUUGACUUAAGAUUUUACAUGACAUAGACUUAAGGUUUGAUCAAACUGCUUAACAUUAAAUACUAGCGCACAACGAACAACAAUGUGUCCCAGAGUAAUUAUCACGUGUCUGUCUGUCUCGACCAAAAGAAUCCAACUACAAUAUCCUUCCCAUCAGGAAAUGCGUUUGGAGUAAUUUAUGGUAAUGGAGUCAUCGAGGCCUAAAAAUGGCCUUAAAACGACAAUGAAGUAUGGAGAGUAUAAUAUGCAUGAGCAAUUAAUUAAGAUUGUGAAAGUCAUUUUCCGAUACUUAACAUUUGUUAGUACUUUCUAUGAAUAAAUGUUUAAAUAUA